GGCACAGGGGACAAGGACGAGCCUGCCCGUGCGGCCGCCGCUGCAGGCCUUCGCCGCCGUCCUCGGCGGGGAUGUGGUACCCGAGCCGGGGCUGGAGCGGCCGCCGACGUGGGCACGGGGACAGGGACGUGCAUGUGGAUGAGGAUGGUGAUGGGGAUGUGGAUAGGGAUAAGGAUGAGGAUGGGGACAGGGAUAGAGCAGGGAAUGCGGUCACGUCGCCGCCACCGUCAUUGCAGGUUGCAAAGGCCGGAGAGGGUGGGAGCACCGCGGGAUUUUGGAGAUGGUGUGGCUGGGGGAGAUGUGCGGGGAUUCCCCUUGAACCUCCCACCCUCGGGCUGGGGCAUGCCGGGCACGGUGUUCCCACCACGGGAUCUGCUGGCUCCUGUGCCUCUCCUGAGCUCACACCCCCCCCACCGCAUCGAGGUUCCCAGCGUGGGGGGGGGAUGUUGGGGAUGUCACCCUGCCGUGGGACAGGCUCCUGCGGGGGGCAGGGGUGAAGAGGAAUGGGGGGUGUGCUCCUGGAGCUGCAGGAAUGUCUCUUGGCCCUCCCUACCGUGUCAGUGUCCCCUCUCUGGCACUGUUCCCCGCUCCCUGCUGCCCCAGCAGGAAAUCACUGAAUCACUGUCUGACAGCAUCACACUCUCUACCCUGGCUGUGUCCCCCAGUCCAGCUGGAUCUCCCCAUCCCUGCCCCUCUGGUGCUAUCCCCCCAUAUGACAGUGUCCCUCCUGUCCUCAUUCCCUGGCAGUGUCCCCCACUUUGAAUGUGUACCCCACCCUGACCUCUUGGCAAUGUCCCCAGUUUGGGAGUGUCCCCUCUCUCCCUGUACUCCUUCCUAAUGCUGCAGAGUGUCCCCCAUUCUGGAUGUGUCCCCGUGACCUGCUGGCAGUGUCCCCAUCUCGCUGGGUUCCUCCUUCCCUGAACCCCUGGCAGUGUCCCCUUCCCUCUGAUACUCUGGCAAUGUCCCCCAGUAUGACAGUGUCCACCCAGUCCUGAGCUCCUGGCACUGUCCCCCACCUCUGGAUGUGCCCUGCAUCCAUGACCUUCCAGCACUAUCCCCAUCUCAGUGUCCUCCGCCUUCCUGACCCCUUAGUAGUGUCCCUUGCAGUGUAACACUCCCUACCCCUGGCUGUGUCCCCCAGUAUGACAAAUUCCCCCAGCCCUGAUCCACUGGCAGUGUCCUCCAGUCUGAGAGUGCCCUCUAUCCAUGACCCAGUGACAGUGUCCCCAUCUCAGAGUGUUUGUCCCUCCCAUGAGCCCCUGGCAGUGCCCCCCAGUUUGUCCAAGUCUCACCCCUCCUUGGCAAUGUCUUCCAUCCUGGAAAUACUCCCUUCUCCCAUGUCUGCCAGUGUCCCUGACCCCCACUGGCAGUGUCCCCCACUCUGGAAGCAUCCCCCAGCCCUGACACUCUGGUUGUGUCUCCCCAUCUGUCCAGGCUACCUCAGUGACCUGCUGCCAGUGCCUCUCACUCUGGCCCUGUCACUGCCCUCACGGCAGUGUCCCCUUAACCCUGACCUCCUGGCAGUGUCCCUCACACCUGCAGUGACCCCACACCCAUAGUGUCACUAUAAUCUGCAUUCUGCUCUUUGCCAGAGCCACACCAGCUCUGUCACCAUUCCUGUGAGCCAUCCAUGGCACAUGAGGCAAGACAAAUGCACCAAGUGUGACCCCACCACCCAGGUCAGACACCCACAGGUGCCCCAUCAUGCCACCCUACCACCCAGGCAGAGUGUCCCACCAUGAUGUGAGUUCCCUGCCCAGGACUGAGCCACUCAGCACUGGGGAAGGAGCUCCCUGCAGUGUCCCCAGGUCCCAACUGCAGGUCAGAUGUCACUUUGGACCUGACAUCUCAAGCUUGCCUCAUCCACUGGGAGCUGUGUCCUGAUCUAGGCUGCAACCCAACCCCAACCAUGGCAUCAGGUUUCAGCCCACUGUGCUGGGCAGAGGAGCGGGGCCACAGCCCUGUCACCAUCCCCGGGCCACUACCGCCUGUCAAAGCUAUGAUGUCCUUGCCGCCAGUACAGAAGCUGCUGCGGCAGCUGCCGGUGGGGCCAGCUGGCUGGCCGAAAACACCAGAGGGUGCUGGUGUGGCCGAGGAGGUGACAAGCCCGGUGCUGGCCACCGAGGCUGGACAACCCACCUGCUACAGCGCCCUGCGAGCCGAUGAGCUGCGGCCACUCGCCGGCACCAAGCCCGCAGUGGACACUGGCACCGGGCCACCGCCGCGGUAAGACUCCCCCAGGGAGCACCCCCAGGACCCUCUAGUGAUGGUGGCUCUGGAUGAGCAUCGUCCCAUGGGUGUCAUCCUCAGAUGCAGCCUUGCAGGUGCCCCCAGUUUAGGGAGGGACCAGUGUCCCUUAGAAAAGAGGACAGUGGUGACAACUUUACAAAAGGCUGGUGGCAUUUUCCCAGUCCAGGGAGGGGACCAGGGAAGGACUUUGCAUCGGGGUGUGCUGGCACAUCUAUGCCACUAUGUCCAUGAGGGACAAGGGACACCCAGCCAAGCCCAGAUGGAGCUGGUGAUGGGCACCCGUGGUUUAGGAACAAUGUAGGGUAACAACCACAGCCUGGAUGGGACGGAGUUCUUGUCCCAGUGCCUGGGAUGAGGAUGGCACUGGGUGCUAGCACCAUGCCAGUCCCUCCGGUUCCUCUUUCACCUUGCUGUAACCCAACUCCUGUCCCCAUGAAUAUUUCAUGACGAAGGGUUGGAUUGCCAGCCUGAUGGAAGGCUGUGAGCAGAAAAAAAAAAGACUAAAAACAGGUAAAAAUGUGAAAAUGGGAUUUUUUUUCCCCCUGGUGUGGUUCAGGCAUGAUGACCUCAAGGAGAUGCUCGACAGCAACAAGGAUUCACUCAAGCUGGAGGCCAUGAAGAGGAUUGUGGCGAUGAUUGCCCGUGGUAAAAACGCCUCUGAUCUCUUCCCCGCUGUGGUGAAAAACGUUGCCUGCAAGAACAUUGAGGUGAAGAAGCUGGUGUACGUGUACCUGGUGCGCUAUGCAGAGGAGCAACAGGAUCUGGCCCUGCUCUCCAUCUCCACCUUCCAGCGAGGACUCAAGGACCCUAACCAGCUGAUCCGUGCCAGUGCCCUGCGGGUCCUGUCCAGCAUCCGCGUGCCCAUCAUCGUGCCCAUCAUGAUGCUGGCCAUCAAGGAGGCCGCCUCGGACAUGUCCCCGUACGUGCGCAAGACAGCCGCCCAUGCCAUCCCCAAGCUGUACAGCCUCGACUCAGACCAGAAGGACCAGCUCAUUGAAGUGAUCGAGAAGCUGCUGGCUGACAAAACAACACUGGUGGCUGGCAGUGUGGUGAUGGCAUUCGAGGAGGUUUGCCCAGAGCGCAUAGACCUCAUCCACAAGAACUACCGCAAGCUCUGCAACCUGCUCAUCGAUGUGGAGGAGUGGGGGCAGGUGGUCAUCAUCAACAUGCUGACCCGCUACGCCCGCACCCAGUUUCUCAGCCCCAACCAGAACCAGGAGUCCUUGCUGGAGGAGAACACUGAGAAGGCUUUCUAUGGCUCUGAGGAGGAGGACACCAAGGAUGCCAAGGCAGAGGCAGCCUCGAUGGCCAAGCGCAAGCCCUACGUCAUGGACCCCGACCAUCGCCUCCUCCUGCGCAACACCAAGCCCCUGCUGCAGAGCCGCAACGCCGCUGUGGUGAUGGCCGUGGCACAGCUCUACUUCCACCUGGCACCCAAGGCAGAGGUUGGAGUGAUUGCCAAGGCGCUGGUACGACUCCUGCGGAGUCACAGUGAGGUGCAGUAUGUUGUGCUACAGAAUGUGGCCACCAUGUCCAUCAAGCGGCGGGGGAUGUUUGAGCCCUAUCUGAAAAGUUUCUAUAUCCGCUCCACGGACCCCACACAGAUCAAGAUCCUCAAGCUGGAGGUUCUCACCAACCUGGCCAAUGAGACCAACAUCUCCACCAUCCUGCGAGAGUUCCAGACCUACAUCCGCAGCAUGGACAAGGACUUUGUGGCAGCCACCAUCCAAGCCAUUGGACGCUGUGCCACCAACAUUGGGAAGGUGCGGGACACCUGCCUCAACGGCCUGGUCCAGCUCCUCUCCAACAGGGAUGAGCUGGUGGUGGCUGAAUCUGUGGUGGUCAUCAAAAAGCUGCUGCAGAUGCAGCCGGCCCAGCACAGCGAGAUCAUCAAGCACAUGGCCAAGCUCACUGACAACAUCCAGGUGCCAAUGGCGCGGGCCAGCAUCUUGUGGCUCAUCGGCGAGUACUGUGAGCACGUGCCCAAGAUCGCACCUGAUGUGCUGCGCAAGAUGGCCAAGUCCUUCACCAACGAGGAGGACAUUGUCAAGCUGCAGGUCAUCAAUCUGGCAGCUAAGCUCUACCUGACCAACUCCAAGCAGAGCAAGCUGCUGACCCAGUACGUCCUCAACUUGGCCAAGUACGACCAGAAUUAUGACAUCCGUGACCGGGCUCGCUUCAUCCGCCAGCUCAUCGUGCCCACUGAGAAGAGCGGGGCCCUCAAUAAAUAUGCCAAGAAGCUCUUCCUGGCCCAAAAACCGGCUCCCAUCUUGGAGUCUUCUUUCAAAGAUCGGGACCAUUUCCAACUGGGCUCCCUGUCCCAUCUGCUCAAUGCUAAGGCUGUGGGCUACCAGGAGCUGCCCGACUGGCCAGACGAGGCCCCUGACCCCUCUGUGAGGAAUGUGGAGGUUCCUGAGUGGACCAAGUGCACCAGCCGGGAGAAGAGGAAGGAGAAGGUGGAGAAGCCUUUCUACUCUGACUCAGAGGGCGAGUCAGGGCCCACAGAGUCAGCAGACAGUGAGCCCGAGUCUGGCAGCGAAGAGAACGGCAGCAGCAGCAGCUCUGGCAGCUCCAGCUCUGGCACCGAGGAGGAGGACGAGGAAGAGGAGGAGGAAGACAGUGGGGAGCAGUCAGAGGACAAGGAGGAGGAGGAGGAGGAGGAGGAGGAGGAGAAGAGGCCAAAGAGGAAGGACAAGGAAGGUUCUCAUAAGGCAGUCUUGCGGACCGCAGGCAGCCCCAGCGAGGAAGAGGAGGAGGAAGGGGCAAAGAAAUCCAAGAAGAAGGCCCUGCAGGGGAGGAAGGGCCGAGCCGAAACGUCAUCAGAGGCCAGCACCUCUGAGAGCAGCUCCUCUGGCUCCGACUCAGGCUCCGAGGCAGAGGCCAAGCAGAGGAAGGCGCCCCCCAGCAGUAAAGCCAGCUCCAAGGAGAUCUCCCUGCUUGACCUGGAUGACUUCACUCCACCUCCUCCCCAGCCCAUCCCCUCCAGCAGCAUCAUCUCCACCAGCCUGGUGACUGACCUGGAGGGCCUCACUCUCACCGACACCUCCCUGACACCCACCCUGCUGAGCCCGGCGUUCAGUGCGGUGAAGACCUAUGAGCUGCUGCACCGCAUGGCAGGCGAGGGGCUGGCGGUUGAGUACUGCUUCAGCCGCCGGCCCUUCCCCAGCGACCCCCACAUGGUGGCCGUCCAGAUCCAGAUCUCCAACAACACUGACACUGAGGUGAAGAACCUGCGGGUCAACGAACCCAAGCCACUAUCCGGCAUGCGGAUACAGGAGUUCCCUGAGAUCGUGGCAGCCCUGUGGUUCCAGAGCACCUGGCGCCAGGGGACACAGCCACCGUGGUGAUGGGCAUCGACUUCUGUGACUCCACCCAGGCAGCAAACUUUCAGCUGUGCACCCACACACGCCAGUUCUACGUCUCCAUCCAGCCACCUGUGGGGGAGCUCAUGGCCCCUGUCUUCAUGAGCGAGAAUGAGUUCAAGA